ACAAAAGUGUGCGAACCAAACGUCAAAGUGUUAAGAAAAAAAAAGCCCGAAACAUGUUCAGUCCUGUUGUGUGCUUUUUUGGAAUGGAAUGGGAUUGUGCUCGGGUGGAGGAACCGGCUGACUUCCUGUCUCGCUGCUGGGCUACAAACGCACGAGAGUCGCAAAGUGCCAUCAGUUUUUGGAGUUACCCCUUUUUCCACCUGCUCCGGAACUAAAGGAUUCGUGCGACCGUUUUAGGCCACGGCAUGCCUGACCUGGCCAUGUCAUGCCUGGUUCAUGCUCCGGAAAGUCUGCUGCUGGUCCCGAUCAUUCCGUACUGUCGACGGUAGUGCUCUGGAAGCUCAACGAGGCAGAUUGUCCGCCAGCGGCAGUUGAACCAGCAGAAGCGAAUUGCCUAGCAGGACGAGGAAUAUGAGAAAACGGAGGAAUCCGAUAGUGAAACCAACGUUUGCGGAAGCGCUGGAUUUGCUUGCGCACGCGGAAGUUCACGCCCGAUUUGAGCCGCACAAGUCCAACCUGUGCAAACGAUCUUUCCUGAACGAAACCACCAUCAAGGAGCACGUCCAGCAGUUAACCGAAACGUCUUGCGUCGUGUGUGGGAAGCUCUGCAAGAACCACAACGCACUGCUCAAACACGCCUGGGAACACUCGCGGGAACGGUCCAGCUAUGGAACGCACGGCUGCCCCAAGUGUGGCAAAUCGUUCCUCAACAAGGCACGCCUCAAGCGGCACAUGGUUUCACACCGGAACAAAACCGUACGAUGCGAGAUCUGCUCAGAGGAGUUUCCCUACGGUUGCAGUCUCAUGAACAACCGAUCGCACACCAAAUCGCGCCAGUUCACGAGUGCGGCAAAACGUUUGGCUCACACUCGUCGCAGCAGAUAAUUCUGAAAAUUCACUCCGGUGGGCGACCUUAGGGAUGCAGGUUUGUACUACGGUUUCAUCGGUGGGUUAUCAACACGAUUCUAACUCUUUCCUUGCUUCUUGUAGAUUCUGCUGGAAGGAAUUCGCCGACGGAGGAACACUGCAAAAGCUGUGAACACAACGCCAAGCUUACCUACAACGACCUGAAUCUGGACAAAUUUCCGGCGGGCACGGACCGGAGGUUGUCAACCAGCACCAGUGUACCAGCUGCACGGCGUCUAAUCGGAAUGUUCACGGUUUGGAUGAAGGCCUGAAGCUGCACGGUAUGGCGAUGGCAAGGAACCCGAAGUGUCGACGGGUGCGGCCAAGACUGAUGUUGUAGAUCAACCCGAGGAAUAUAACACGUCCUUCGAUAUGUUUUCUGUUAACCUAAAAUAAUAAUAAUUAAAAAAAAAGGGGAUUCGGGGCUGGGACGCGUUUAAUUCAAUGAUUUAUACAACAUAAAAUGAAUAAAACUAGUUUUAAAACUUUUAAA